AUGGGUCAGACCGCAAUUCAGUCUAUCCCGUUUGCCAGCUCCGAGCUUUCAGGCUCAAGCUCCAGCAGGGGAAUGCCACCGGGAGUGCGUCUGGAGGACUUCGAGGUCAGAAGCAUCCUGUUUGCAGAGAAGGCAGUUCUGGCUUGCCCGUUGCCAGGAAAGGCUUGGAUCGAGCUGGGUCGCUGGAACCCAAUUUCUUUGGCACUGCUUGCACCUGCUUGGUCUUACCAGAUCUCUGGUACAGCGGACCACUGGUGGUUUGUUGCCAGGAGCACCAACCACAUGUAUUACUACGCCGCCCAGUUCUGUGUUGACCAGACUGGGAAAAACCAUAUCACAGGCCUGGCUUACCUGGGCAUGUGGGCCGCGAUUGCCUGCGGGCUCCAGUACCCGGAGGCCAAGUGGUGGUUCGCUCGAGAAUGGAUGCCCUGCCAACACCCUCGCAAAAAGCGAGAUCUUGACAGGUUGUUGCUGAGAAACCCGUCGGCCGUGCACCCAUACUCGUGGAUUGACAACAACUGUCAGCACUUUGCACUCAAUUUGUACGCCGCAACCUCAGUUGCAGACUGCAGAUGGUAA